CUCUCUCUCCUCUCUCUCUCUCUCUCUUCCGUUGUUAAACAUCUGAGAACACCAAUCGAAAAAGAAGAAAAUAAAACAUGGGAAGCUUGAGAAGAAGCUUGAUCAGCCUCCACCGAGCCCUGAAAUCCACCGCUUCCAUCUCUCCCGCCGAAACCCAUGUCAGGUCUCAAUUCGGAUACGGUUUGGUUCAGCGUUCUUAUUCCACCAACAAUGGCAGCAAUCCGGACAUCGACCUCUCCACCCAAGAGAGCAAGAGGCGCCUAUUUAACAGAUUGAUAUACAGGAGCAAGCAGAGAGGGUUUUUGGAGUUGGAUUUGGUUCUGGGUAAGUGGGUGGAGGAGCAUAUCCAUUCAUUGGAUGAACAGGGAAUUAAAUCUCUUGUGGAUGUCCUCAACCUGGAAAACCCAGAUCUGUGGAAGUGGUUAAUUGGCCAGGAGCAACCCCCCGAGGCACUCCAAACUAAUCCUGUUUUUACUGCAGUGCGUAACAAGAUCACGAACAACCUGAACAGCUAUGCUGCUUCUGAGACACGAGCAACACCUGGCCAGCCAUGGGUUAGAGGGUGGGAUGAUAUAAAGAAAAGCCAGGGCUGCCCUAUAACGGGUAAUCAGUAGCUCUGCCAUUACUUUUUCAAGUUAAAUUUCGAAUGGUAUGUUGAUUGGUAAUGUGUUAGCGAUGAAAAAUGUCGAUUAGAACUUGGAAUGCCUCAAGUUAAACACCGAUUGGCCUCAAUAAAACCAAGAGGUAUUGUUGGACGUCUUCUCUCCCUCAGUUCUUAUUUUCGAUUGUAACAUAUUUUAUAUAGUUCAUACACUUUGGCAUGCUUUCCUGAAUGAAAGAAAAUAAGUCAUGUAAUCAAACGGUGCGGUUUUUAUGAAACAGAGGAUGAGAGAUUAAUCUUUUGGUUU